AAACAAACAACAUGGCUCUGUUUCUCGCUUCUAACUUUUCCCGUGUUUCCAUCACUCUGCUCUUAUACUUCUUCCUCCUUACCCUACGCACCUCCCACUGUAUCCCCAAUCUCACCAAAGCCAAUCCCACCGCCACCCGCCAGCUCUCCCAUGACUUCUACUCCAAGUCCUGCCCUCAGCUCGACCAGCUCGUCGGCUCCGUCACCGCCCAACAAUUCAGGGAAGCACCGGUCUCCGGGCCGGCCACAAUUCGCCUAUUCUUCCAUGACUGUUUCGUAGAAGUAAUUCCCCCACAAUUCACUCUGAACUCACUCUCUUCGAAUGCUGGUUGGUGCACGUUAGCAGAUCAGGGCAUAUCAUGUGUACUAGGGUGUGAUGGGUCCAUACUCAUAAAGACAAGAGCAGGGAGCAAAGAAUUGGCAGAGAGGGAUGCGCAGGAUAACAAGGACCUGGCAAAAGAGGCGUUUGAUAGCAUAAUGAAGGCCAAGGAAGUGGUGGAGAGCAAGUGCCCUGGGGUUGUAUCUUGUGCGGACAUACUUGCAGUUGCAGCUAGAGAUUUUGUUCACUUGGCAGGGGGUCCUUAUUACCAAGUGAAGAAAGGAAGGUGGGAUGGAAAAAUAUCAAUGGCGUCCCGGGUGCACCUGAAUCUACCCCGGGCAAAUUCCACCGUUGAUGAGCUCCUUAAGCUCUUCGCUUCCAAAGGGCUAACACUCAAUGACCUAGUUGUCCUCUCGGGCGCCCACACGAUCGGAUUCUCCCACUGUGAACAUUUUGUGACCCGAUUAUACGAUUACCGGGGAUCCAGCCACUCCGACCCGUCCAUCGACCCGAGGCUCCUAAAAGCCCUGAGCAUGUCUUGUCCGAAAUCCGGUGGAAACUCAGAUAUUGUCGCACCAUUUGAUGUGACCACCCCGUUUUCAUUUGACAAUGCCUAUUAUGGGAAUUUGGAGGCUAGAUUGGGCUUGUUGGAAGCGGAUCAAGCUUUGGGUCUGGACCCAAGAACUAAACCCAUGGUUCAAGAUUUGGCAAAGGACAAGCAGAAGUUUUUCCAGGCCUUCGCAGUGGCUAUGGACAAAAUGGGUGGAAUUGGUGUGAAAAAGGGGCGAAAAUAUGGGGAGAAAAGGAAGGAUUGCAGCAUGCAUUCUCUGUGAUUCUAUUUUUUGGCCUGGUUUUGUUUAAUAAGCCGGUUGGCUCUUCUUCUAUUUUUUUUCGGUAUUUAUUAGUUUCGCGUCAAACUCUUAUGAAUUAUUGGUUUGUCUUAACAACAUGAAUCGAAAAAGUAAUUUUUUUUUAUACAAA